CCGAUACGAUUCCGGUGAGAAGUGAUGCGAGCAGGUUCUGUCUGCUUUAAGCUCCUCAUUUCUGAUUCUUUCAAACGUUCUUAAAAAAACAUGUCAACGACAUUGUUAAAAACAAUUCAGCUAAACCAGUUCUCACUUCUUGGAACUGCCUUGAUUAGAAGGAGGAGUAACAACGUCUCCGUGAGGUGUUGUGGAAGCCAAACAGCGACGACCCAUGAAGCUAAACAGACUUCUCCGUCGAGGGUUGCACCCAAAAACCAUAAAAGCAACAAGCUUGAUGAGAUUCUGAGAGACUACGAAGCUGUAAUUGGGAUAGAGACUCAUGUGCAGCUCUCUACAUUGACAAAGGCGUUUUGUAGCUGCUCUAACAAUUACGGGUCGUAUCCAAACACAAGUAUUUGUCCAGUUUGUAUGGGUUUGCCUGGUGCUUUGCCUGUUUUGAAUUCAAAAGUUGUUGAAUUUGGUGUUAGAUUGGGUUUAGCUUUGAACUGUGAGUUGUCUCUCAAGUCUAAAUUCGAUAGGAAGCAGUAUUUUUAUCCAGAUCUUCCUAAAGGUUAUCAGAUUUCUCAGUUUGAUAUCCCUAUUGCAUCUGGUGGCUAUGUGGAUUUGGAUAUUUAUGUGGUGCAGGUAGAUCUGAAUAGAGCAGGGGUUCCUUUACUUGAGAUUGUUUCUGAACCUGAUAUGAGGAGUGGUGUAGAAGCUGCUGAAUACGCUUGUGAAAUGCAACGGAUUGCGAGGUAUUUGGGAGUUAGUAAUGGGAAUAUGCAAGAAGGCUCUCUUCGCUGUGAUGUCAAUAUCUCAAUCCGUCCCAUUGGGCAAGCUGAGUUUGGCACCAAGGUGGAGAUAAAGAAUUUGAACGCAUUUUCAGCAAUGAGCAGAGCAAUUGACUUUGAAAUUUCAAGACAGGCACUUCUCUACGAUCAAGGCAAAGCUGACCAGAUUGUAACCGAGACUCGGCUUUGGGAUGAAGGCGCUCAGAAAACGGUAACAAUGAGGAAAAAAGAAGGGCUUGCUGAUUACCGCUACUUUCCAGAACCAGAUCUUCCAGAAGUUAUCCUUACACAAGAAUACGUUGAUAGCAUCCGUGCUUCUUUACCAGAACUUCCUGAAGCAAAGCGCAGGAGGUAUGAGGCGAUGGGUCUAGGCAUGCAAGAUGUGCUUUUCCUCGCUAAUGACGUCAGUGUUGCAGAAUAUUUCGAUGCAGUCAUCGGUAAGGGCGCUGAAGUGAAGUUGGCAGCAAAUUGGAUAAUGGGAGAUAUUGCUGCUUACUUGAAAAAUGAGAAACUUUCUAUCAAUGAUAUGAAACUCACUACCCAAGAGUUGGCUGAGCUGAUAGCUGCCAUCAAAGAUGGAACCAUUAGCGGAAAGAUUGGAAAGGAGAUACUGUUUGAGCUAUUGGCCAAAGGUGGAACCGUCAAAGGAAUGAUAAAGGAGAAAGAUUUGGUUCAGAUAACCGAUCCUGCAGAGAUCGAGAAAAUGGUUAUUAAGGUGGUCUCCGAGAACCAGAAGCAGCUUGAGCAGUACCGCAGUGGGAAAACUAAGCUUCAAGGCUAUUUUGCUGGCCAGGUUAUGAAAAUGUCAAAAGGCAAGGCAAACCCAGGUUUACUGAACAAGAUCCUCCUGGAGAAGCUCAAUGCCAAAGACUGAUUGAAGCUUCAGCACUGACACUUUGACAGAGUUAUUGCUCUUGAAAAUGGUAUAGAGUGAUUUGUGCUCCGUUGGAUAAUGCUCUUGAACUAGAGUGUUCUGUACAAAUAUUUUAUUUGGAACUGCAUUGCCAUCAAAUUGUUGUCUAAGAGGCAGACCAUCAUGUCCUAUACACCAUUUGUUUUUUUUUUUUUGAAUUUAAUGUUAAGUUAUAUUCAAAAGAAAAAA